AAUUUAUAAAAAUAUGGAUGUGACUGCCUAAUAAGAUGAAAAACACUUAUUUAAAAUAGUUUUAAUAGGUAUUUAAUCACAUAAUUAGGUGAUUCAAGUGUUGGAAAAUCAAAUAUCCUUUCCAGAUUUACUAAGAGAUAAUUCAAUUUUGAUAGUUAACCAACGAUUGGUGUAGAAUUUGCUACAAGAUCAUUAACAGAAAAUGGAAAAAUUAUUCAAGCAUAAAUUUGGGAUACAUGUGGUUAAGAGAGAUAUAAAUCAAUAACAAGUGCAUAUUAUAGAGGAGCAGUUGGAGCUAUGCUAAUUUAUGAUAUAACAAAAUAAAAGACCUUUGAAAAUAUUGAAAAAUGGAUCCAAGAAUUGAAAGAAUAUGCUGAAACAAAUGUUGUGGCAAUGUUAAUAGGGUAAAAUAAUUGUAAUUAAAAAGGAAUAAAGCAGAUUUGAAAGCAUAAAGAAAAGUUCCCAGUGAUAAAGCAGCCUAAUUUGCAGAAAAUCAUACAAUGGCCUUUAUGGAAGUUAGUGCAUUUGAUGGAACAAAUGUAGAUUUAGCAUUUUCUAGACUUAUAAAUGGUAUUUUAUUUAUCAAUUUAGAGAAAUUUAUUAAUUAAUUAACAAACAGUCUUUAGCAGAAAAUUAAGACUAAUCUUUACAGUAGUAAAUGCAAAGUCGUAAUAAUAUGUAAAUCCAAUAAUCUUAAUGUAAUCAGACAUAAGAUACUUGUUGUAAAUGA